AAAAAAUACAUUCAUGAAAUAAAGUUCGCGCAAUAUGCCACAGCUUUAACAAAUAUGUUACUAGUUCUGAAAGUUCAUUUUUGUGAAUAUUUCAUUUGAACUUGGAACAAAUAACUCAAAAGAUUCAACCUGUUCCAUCCAUGGAGAAAUAAGGACUCAGUGGCGCCAAUACUUCUCUGAUAAAGGUUAUAGUGGCUCCUCCAUCUGAUUACAACAACAAGUCGUAUUGCUUGGUGUCGCAUUAAAAGACAUUCAGUCAAGAAAUCCACCAUCUAACAAGAGAAGGAUAUCGAAGUUGGAAUAUUAAUGUGGUGAUGUCGCUACUUCAAUAAAACCACCAAAUAUUCUACCUUCAUUCAAUCACACCCGCCCAAGAUGACAACAACAAAUGAUGUUAUUGAAAUCCCCGAUGAUCUGACCGAACUCUGCCGUGUAUGCCUACAAAUUCCAGAUGAAAACAAUUGUCUGGACAUAACAAUGAUCUACGAUGAAGAUGACAACCUAACAUAUGGAGAAUGCUUUACAAUUUGUACCAACAUCAAUUUGGCUGAUGGGGACAAUCUACCUCACAAUCUGUGUAAAACAUGUGGCCUAGAAUUACAAAUGAGUUAUGACUUUUAUAAGAAAGUCGAGGAGUCGAAACGUUCCUUGGAACAAUAUCAGCAAAAAAUUGAAGAGGUCACAAAACUGGUGGAAUUGAAAACAGAGUCAGCGGAGAGAAGAGCUGAUGUCCCCGUGACAAAUUAUGCCAAUACAGAUGCCAGUGACGAUAAAAAGCAUGCUACUAAAUCUCCGAAUAUGGAAGUGGAGUCACUGUUCCAGUCAUAUGAUAAACUAGAGCUUGAAGUCGUGUCAAAAGAUAGGCAACAAAUUGACAGUAACUUCUUUGUGGAAAAUGAGCACGAAAACGAGGAUCACCAUCAAUCUUAUGGUGCUGAGGUUACUGCUAACACAGAGACUGCCGUCCAUGGAUUAUCUGCAACAGCAGUACAAGAGGAACACUUAGACGAAUUUAAUAUUGUUGAGGCUUUGGAAGAUGAAGAAACCCAGCAUUCCAAAUUAUCCAAUGGAAAUUCCGGGUCAAUUAUUCUACACAUGGAUGACAGUGGAAAAUAUUUCUUUGAAACAGAUGAUAUUUCCAAUCAAGGGCAACAGCAGUAUACCACUGUUACAAUAGGAGAUGGAGAAUUUGAGGAAUCUUCACAAGAUUCACAACAACUUGAAGAUGAUACAAAUCGUUCGUGGCAGGAGAAUGUGGUGGCAGUGGCGAAUAAGGAACACAUACCAUUAGAAAUGGUAAACCAGGAAUUACACCAUCCAACCAAAGAUAGUAAUGAAGACUUUGCAUAUGAACUAAUAGAAAAUGAUGAGGACGCCGUUGCCAACGAUGUUGGCGAGGAAUAUAUUGACAUGGUUGAAAAUGACAAGGAGGGUGGCUACACAAAUUCCGCGUCACAACAAUCGCGCAAACGCCAUUUCGGCUCAUUUUCCUGUGAUUUUUGUCAAAAAGUAUAUCCCAACUAUUCUCGAAUGAUUACCCAUCGACGGUGUCACGAAAAGGAUCGUCCCAAAUAUACAUGUGAAUAUUGUGGUCGCAUCUAUGCCACAAAGCAGGCCAUGGAUUGUCAUGUACAAACGUUUCAUAAAAAGACUGGUUUUACGUGUCACAUAUGUCAAAAGAUAUUCGCCAUACGACGCAGCCUCGAAGUGCAUAUGCGUUUUCACACGGGCGAUUUCCCCUACGCGUGUAAUUUAUGUGAUAAGAAAUUUGCCCAAUUGGGUCAUUUGAAUACGCAUAAAAAUGUACGACAUAAUAAUGUACGAUUCGGCUGUAAUUAUCCAGAUUGUGGGAAAUUUUUCACCUCAUCCUCAUCGCUGCGGAAUCAUGAAUUUUCACAUAGUGCAAUGCCGUUUGAAUGCCACUACUGCCAGCGUGGUUACCCGGCUAAGGCGAAAUUAAAGGUCCAUGUCAAGCGUAAACAUAACAUUGAAUUGUCCAUAGAACAACUGGAAGAUAUGCGCAAAUUCCAUGUAGCACGUUCAAAAGUAAACUUAGUUAAGGUAGUUCCAAUUGAAGACGAAGAGGAGGAAGAAGAAAUAUAGCAAUAAAUAAAAUUGAAAUUGAAAAUAUAAAA